AUGCCAGGAUACAUGUUCAGCGCUUGCGGUAUUUGCUACACCGCCCUUGACCCCAAGAACAUUAUGAUUGUGUUGAAGGAACACAACGAAUGUUUGUGUUGCACCAACGACUGCUGCAUUGUCCCUGGCGACGAAGGAUACGGGGUUGGUUUUGAAAAGUCCAUGGUCAACUUUGCUGCUGCCAAGGCUGGACGAUCCACUGGUAAUAUCUGUGACACCAAAGUGUACUGCUGUCAGUGCGGACUCAAGUACCCCGAGGUGCUUUGCCAGGGAGCCUCCAACUGUCUAUGCUGCAAGCAAGCGCAAUCCUUCCCUUUUGACGACGACCACGUCAAAGAACCAGUCUGUGCUUGCUGCUUUGUACAAAUCUUGCCAGAAUUUGGUGUUUUGAAAGAGGCUCCUGAAUUGCCAAGUAUUGUUCGCGAUUAA